AAACGUUUUCUGUGAAACCGUUGUUUUCUUUCACAACAAAUUUCAGUGGACUCAUCUGAAAAGUGCAGAACAUCUUAUCUAAUCGUCUGUAGUCUUUCCUGGUGUUUUCUGGAGAAUCUCUCUUCCUCAAUUGUUUUAAAAGUCUGUAGUUUCUAGCUUUCUUUCCCACUCUAGUGGGAGGGUGUGGUAGGCUACUGACGCGUGGCGCGAUAUAAACUGAACUUUGCCUGCAAAAAGACAAAGUCCCGACGGCUCAGGAGACAGGAAGACCGAAAUUCUGACUCACUGACAAGAGACAUUUUCUCACUACCGAUAACAUACGUGCAUAGAUUGAGCAGGGUUUUGCUCUGGGGUGGAGAUGGUUCAUAUGUGAGCGGUGUGGCUCUAUCUCCUGCCACUCAGCGGCUCCCCGCUGUCCCGGGCUCAGCCAAUGAGGCACGGGCCGGGCACGGCAGUUCCUGGAAGCAGUGACGAAGUGCGCUUAUCUGGGAAACACUCAGGCCUUGCAUCAGGCAACCUACAGAAUACAUCGCCAUUGACCCAGAAGGAUGAUGUCGUUCUGAUCCGUUCCGGCCAACCUAUUACACAAGCUCCUUGGUCUACACCGGAGGGCUCGCCACACACUUCACCAAUGGCUAGCGCGCCCAAGAAGUGGGUAAUGCAACCCUUUUCUCCCAAGCUGGACAUGAACGACCUCAGAACAAUCCUGAGCCCCGGCACCAAGCGGGCUGAGGGGGACACCUUGGAGCCGCGCGAUUACGGCUACGGGAGCAUCACCAUAAUGCACUCUCAGCCCUCCGUGACGGUGACGUCGAACGAGGGGGACAGUCCGCGGGAUGUGGUGGUGAAGGCCAAGCAGGUCGCGGUCUCGGAUGAGAGCAUCAGCAGCGACGGCUCGGACGCCAGCAGCACCAGUUGUCCCUGCAGCCCUAGCAGUAGCUCGGGAUCCCAGAGCGGCUUCUACUCCUUCGCGGAGAUGAGCGCCGAGGCAGAGCGGACCGAGGCUUGGAUGUCUUCCCCGGAGAGAGGGGCCAAGCUAUCGGUUCUGAAGGAGGGAAACGACUUCAAACUGCGGGCGUAUGUGGAGGAGCGGAGGCCCGAGAAGCUGUUUGAGGAGGCCAACAGCGAUUCCCGCUACAGGGUUGAGGAUAGAGAGGACACGGAGGGGCAGGAAGCGACGGAGGAGAGAAUGGAGAUCAUUCGCAGCCAGGCCCCCAAGUUCAAACCUGCCUUCAAAGAGCAGUAUAGUGCGCUGGAGAGCUUGGACCUCAGUUACUCCCCGCAAAGGCUGCUGGAGGGCUUGAGCCUGAACUACAGCCCAGUCAAAGUGGAGGUGCUCCAGAGCGGGGCCGAGUCCGGUACCGUCGACACCGAGCAGAUCAGCUUCAGUGCAGCGCGACAGCAGUUUCUGAAGAUGGAACAGUCCAAGCGCAACCCCUUCCUGCAAAGUCCCCAGCAGAUCCUGCAGUUUCCUGAGCACCACGAAACCCCUUCAAAAUCAGAGGUUACAGGCACAUCAAGGGAAGCGGAAGAGGGUGGUUUCCCUGAGGAGCUCGAGUUGAGCCAAAGCCCGAAGUCCAAUCCGGACAUCAACUGGGUGUUCGCAGGGAAGAUUGUGACUGUGUCCAUCACUGAAGAAAGAAGCACCAAGAUUCAGACUAGCUUCGAUGACCUUGACUCUGGUUUGGGGGAUCAGUCGCUGGACCCAAGUGGUGGGUAUCCUUAUGAUGGCAAUGCCUCAAAUGAUGUUUUCGAAGUAGGAACUGGAGGUGUGGUCUCGUUCACAAGUGAGGGAGAGACACCCACCGAACACGACACAUGCAUUUCCCAAGAAAGGGAGGACAACGUCCGGCAAGAACAUGGAAGUAAGGGAGAGACCCCCAUCGAGCGAGAGAUCCGCAUCGCCCAAGAGAGGGAGGAGAACCUCCGGCGUGAACGUGGAAUCAUGCGAACCGAUGUAAAGGAGAUGGUGGAGAUCAAGACUAAGCCUCUGCUCUCUCCGGCGAGCCCCGCACUGACACCCGUCAAAGCCAGGGAGAAGAACCGGGUGAGCUUCUUCAUACAGCGAGAGAUCGAGCAAGACAGCCGGAGAGAAGAGGAUCUUCAGCACCAAGGGAAAGUGCCGGGUUUAUACGACCGUGGAAUGGCCCAGGAGCUGGGGGAGAGGAAGAGAGUCUUUGAGCUACAAGAAGACCAGAUUCCAGUCACGCCUGCCAAGAAGAGCCUCACCGGGACCUUAGUGGACACCCGACAGGUCAGGCCGUGUGUCGAAGAGGACAGGAAGUCUCCGGAGGCCAUGGCGUCAGUAGAGAGGACUAGGAGCCCAGAGACUGAGAUACUCUCCCCCUGUUGCCCUCACCGACACCCUGAUGAAGCUGCACUGUGGAUCACUAGUCCGGAGUAUUCGAUACAAAGCCCUCUCAGCCAGAAGAAGGGUUAUAACACACUCGGCGAAAGAUAUAUCACUUCCCAGAGCACCUCAUUUAGUCAUUCGCCAUGGCGGGUGGAAAACAAAGGAUCAUCGAAAAGCUAUUCUUCUUUGGUGGAUUCCCCAUCUCCCUCCUCCAUACGCAGUAUGUCACCAUUGCUGGUACCGUCUAUAGUCGGUCAGCCCGGUCUGCACUGGCCCGGGAUCUCAGAGCAGGUCAUCCUGAGGCCUCGCAGUCUACAUACCCCAGAUGCCAUCCGCAAGGAGAUCGAGUCGGACCUGAAGCGAGAGGAGGAUCUCCGUAAACUGCGCGAAUCGGGAGGCCUCUCCCUGCCCCUCGAAGGGGGCCUCGACACCGUGGACAAGACGGCCUCCACCGCAAUGGAUCCAAACCCCUCGCAACGUGUGGAGGAUGGUGGAACAUCUCCGCAGGGCUUGAGGGAUGAGGUCUUCGAACGGGAAAAGCCUCUCUGCACUGUGCUCCCUGAGGAAAGGAUAGCCAAAAGUACCGGUCAGACUUCCCUCUGGAGCACAGACACCGUUGACUCCAGAGAGAGUCACUUAACCAGCUCAAUUCUCACUCCAGACAAAAGGAUAAAGGUCUCCGCUUCUCCCUCCCCCUCUGCACACCUGCCGAUGCGUCUUCCCUCCGUGUCGAUGAUGACACCCCAGCCGUGGGUGUCCAACCGCCAGGCCUCUCCGGCCCUCCCGAGGGUUUCGCCCCUGACGCCCCAGGGUUCGGGGCCGGAGGCCGGGGGCUCUGCCACACAGAAGGGCCUCACGGAGACGCUGCUGGAGGACUUCGAAGAAAGACGGGCCAAGCUGAAACUGGAGGAGAGCUCGUAUGCAGGGAUACAGCCAACCGAUGAGGUGAAUAAUGAGGUUCUGGAAGCCACACGAGUCAUCAGGCACAAAAACAUGAAGGCUCUGCGCUGGGAGGCAGGGGUAUACGCCAACGAGGAAGCCAACUGAGCCCUCCGCCCGGCGUCUGUUACUGGGAGUGAGGAGGAAGAGCGAGAGGAAGACGUCUCACUCGUCUUCAACAACCAGCUCCGAGGACACAAAAAGAUUGUCUUCCCAACUCUUCUCUGCAGUCACACCAAAUGUCGGCCGCUAUAGUUUUCUGGUCUGGCUGAACUAAUAAAUAGGUCUGCUUCCCCACGAGAACAAACCCCCGUCCAGAGAUGCUCAGCUCAGCUGAAGCCCCAUCUGAUAAUGUUGGAUAAUAAUUAUGAUUUGUGUUGUCAUGGAAAUUGCCGAAGCAAACAGUCCCCCAAUUCUUUCCGAUUUCUAUGCUGGCCAAUGAAAUCUCUCUCUCCUGUGUAGUAUUCCGGACUCUAUCUGCACGUGACUGGGGGGAGGGGGGUUCUUUUUCCAAGGAGAAAUGUAGGAGGAAGCAGAGAAGGAAUGAGAGAGUGACAAAAUGGAUGGCCAUCGAAGCAGAGAAAACGGUAAUUAACUGCGCACUGGAAAAAUAUGAAUGUAGUGAAGGUGGAACACGCUGCAUGCUGAGUACAGUGCCUGCUUAGAAUGCAUUGGCUUUUUUUGAUGGGUAUAGUGGCAAGUAUGUCCAAAGUGCAGUGAUCCAAAAAACGAAAGGAAAAAAACAAAACAAAAAAAACAUGCGUCAGCUGUUUUUUUUUUUUUUCUCCAGCCAAUGCAGGGGAGUUCUGAGCUUUCAUCCUGACUCUGCAUUGUGUAUUAAACAGGAACAGAGCCUCCUCUUAGGUUAUUUAUAACAAGAGCACAAUCAAACAUGGUAGAGCCAGCUCCAUAUCUUAACACGAAUUAAAUCAGUUACGCUAAAUUCAUUCCACAUACAAUGAGAUGUAGGCACUAAUUUCCUAGAAUGUAACUUUCCAUUAUCUCUUCUGGUCUUCACAAUAGACUUGAAUAGGAAUAGGUAGCAAAGUGCUAAGAUGUCUGUGUUUUCCUUACGUGCUCAAGACAAUUUUCCCAUGAAGUGACUCUAUUUGCUCUGUGUGUUGUUUUUGGAUUGAUAAAUGUGAGAUUAGCCCCGGUGUAAAAUACAGCUAUGAACAGCUUGAAAAUAUGAGCUGGUCAAACAAUGUUGAGUAUGGAGCUGUCUGAAUGGGUAAACCAGCUACCAGCUGUUUCAAAACCUAGCUUGAGCAAUAUUGUUUUUCAGCAGGGAAGUUUAUUAAAAACACUGGCCAGAGAAAUUUUGCUUGGUCACGACAUGUUAGUUAUAUAUAAUUUAGACCUUAGGACCUUAGUCAUGUAUGUGCUUGGGUUACAAAACAAGGCCCUUUUUCUGAACAUGGUCCGAAAAUAGUUUAAAAAAAUGUUUUAUUUGACUGUCAGGUCGAUCUUUCUUACUUUAGGAUGGCAUGCAAUAUCUUUUUUUGUAUGGAUUGUACAUCUGCUUUUGAUAGUUUCAAAGCUGCAUGUUUGCUGUAAAGAUAAUUUAAAUGAUUUACACAAUAAAAUGUAAUACAUUUGUAAAAUGUCCUCUGCCACUUGUAAUACUUUUAAGAAUCAAAGCAGCAGUUUGUAUUAUGAUAGUGAAUCUAAGUAAAUCAUAUUUGAGUGUAGCUAGAAAACUCUGAAACCUGAAAUUAAUAUACAUUACCUAAGGGGAGCAUCUAACCUCCUGAGAUCCUGCAUCCUCAAAGGAGGAUAUUCAAUUUCAGCUUUUCGUGAGCUUGACACAGUAUUUAUCUUAAGAUAAGGGACAUUUAAUUAAAAUGAAUUAAAAUAUAUUUUUGAAAACAUUUUCACUGCAACGUGUUUUUUUUUUGUAGACACUUGUAUUGUGCAAACGUGUAAUACGUUCCCCCUGGGUCUUAGAAGGCUAAAGAGAGAUGUUGAAUGAGGGGCUCACAGACGGUCCUCACUUCAGGGGCUUGGCUCAUUAUGUGUAUGGCUAGAAAGCUCUGCAAGUUGCCUAGAAAAUGUUCAGUCUUUCCCGAUGAGGAUCAUAUGCAUUUUUAUAUACAUUAAUUUCUGUAUUUUCCAUUUUUUUCCCGAUCUUGUACCAGCCAUCCCUGUUGAGCGUGGCGACCCGCUAACCCUGCCAAGUCCCUCCCUCUGGAGCAGCGAGCCAAUUAUGCCGCUCCACUAACUAACUAACUAUGCCAAACCCCAGUCCUUGGUGUGCAACUGCAACAAACUGCAACCGCAAGUCUGCUGCAUCUUAGCCUGUUGCACCACCACGGCCCCGAUCAUAUGCGUUUCCAAUCACCACAACUACCAGCAACGGAAGCCAUUUUAGGUGGCUUUCAUGAGUGGCCUUUGCUCUUGUUUUCAUCAUGCUCACCAAUAAGUCAGUUAUCGGCUGCUACUAACAUGCGAUACAUCACUUCAUCAUUUGAACAGCUACAGUGCACACAAGGCAUAUUUUAAAUCUAUUGUACACUAUGUUUUUUGUACAAUAUGAGUUUUACGAAAGGUACAAAAAGAUUAUGAAGUGAUUAAAUUAAGAUAAAUAUUUGAAAUAAUUGAGUUUUGUAUAAUACAUAUAGGCGGCGUGGGUAGCACUGCCGCCUCACAGCAAGGAGGUCCUGGGUUCGAAUCUCGGUCGGCCGGGGCCUCUCUGUGUGGAGUUUGCAUGUUCUCCCCGUGUCUGCGUGGGUUUCCUCUGGGUACUCUGGCUUCCUCCCACAGUCCAAAGACAUGCAGUUUAGGCUGAUUGGAGAGUCUAAAUUACCCAUAGGUAUGAGUGUGUGAGUGAAUGGUGUGUGUGCCCUGCAAUGGACUGGCAACCUGUCCAGGGUGUAUUCCUGCCUUUGUAUGCUGUAUGCUUUGUAUGCUGGGAUUCCUGCCAAUGUAUUCUGGGAUAGGCUCCAGCCCCCUUGCGACCCUGUUCAGAAUAAUACAUAUAUAUAUUUCCUUGUAUAAAGCUAAUUGAAUUGAUGAAUUGCGAAAACAAAUAAAAUGAAAUAAUCUCA